AUGCCCCUCUUCUCUCACCGCCACUCCUCCGCCCUCCCAACCACCACCAAUCUCAAAACUUCAAAACCCUCGAAACCCAACUUUAGCCCUCCUUCAACCCGCUACCCUCUACCUUUUCUAGUCUUUUCACUCGUCUCCCUUCUCAUUGGCCUUUCUGGUACAAUUUUCGCUAUCUCAGCGAUUCGCAGGCCCAAAGCUGUUCCAGUUUUUCGCUGUGGCAGAUCCGAGGACACCUUUCGAGCAUUUUAUUCGGGUUCGGGUAGGACCCGAAGUGAUGGCAACGGAGGAUUGAUUGACAAGCCCAAGCUUCUUGGGUUUGUUGGGGUUCAAACCGGAUUUGAAUCGGGUGAUCGCCGCUCUGCCCUUAGAAGUACUUGGUUUCCUUCUGACCCAGAUGGACUUUUGAGGUUGGAGCAAGCUACUGGUUUAGCAUUUAGGUUUGUAAUAGGGCGUUCAAAGGUUGCAAAGAAAAUGGCCCAGCUUGCAAAAGAGGUGGAUAAGUACAGAGAUUUCAUGCUUAUAGAUAUUGAUGAAGAAUAUCUAAAUCUUCCAUACAAAACGUUGGCCUUUUUCAAGGCAGCCUUUAAGCUUUUUGAAGCAGAUUAUUAUGUCAAAGCUGAUGACGAUAUCUAUUUGCGUCCAGAUCGCCUUGCAACUCUUCUUGCUAAGGAAAGAACACAUUCACUAACUUAUAUCGGAUGCAUGAAAAAAGGACCAGUGAUUACUGACCCUAAAAUGAAGUGGUAUGAGAAAUCAGGACAUCUGAUUGGAAAUGAGUACUUCCUGCAUGCUUAUGGACCCAUAUAUGUUCUUUCUGCAGAGGUUGUGGCUUCAUUAGCAUCUGCUAGAAAUAACAGCAAUGAGGAUGUCACCAUUGGAUCGUGGAUGCUUGCGAUGAAUGUUCAUCACGAAGAUAACCGAGCAAUAUGUGAUCCCCGAUGCACUCCAACAUCUAUAGCUGUUUGGGAUAUUCCUAAAUGUUCUGGUUUAUGCAAUCCAGCCAGUCGGAUGAAGGAGCUUCACAAGAUUGAUAUGUGCUCCAAAAGUCCAACACUGCCUCCUGAUGAUAGAUAG